AUGGCUGGCACCUACUCCAGGUUACAGGAUGAAUCACAGAACGAGGAGGAGGAGGAGGCAGAGGAAGAGGAGGAAGAUGUUGAGGACGAGAGUGAAGAGGAAGUCUCGUUGCAAGUUGAUGAGGAUGGCCGGGUGUGCAGCGGCCAAGGGCCGUUGACCCAAUCCAUGACCUUCGAGCCGGGCGCACGAGUGCGAGAUGCCUUCGUGGCCGAUGCCGCCCUGGCCGCGCUCCGGCGCUGCGCGGAAGUCGCCUUCCAGGCGAGGCCCAGCAAGGGUCGCUACAGCUCCGGCAAGACGUUCUGGGCAGCGUGGGGCCAGGAGCCGCGCUGCGAGCUGGAAGCCCUGGCGUUGGGCAUCCUUCACUGCCAUUGCCCCAACCCCGCUGCCUCGGCGGGGGUUGAGUGGUGGACUCUCUGCUUAGAGGGUGAUUCAGAUGUUGGGUGGCACUGGGACCGUGACUACGUCUUGGAAGACAGCGGAGUGAACAUCCACCCGAUGCUGGGCACGGUGACCUACCUCUCAGGAAAGCAGCCUCAACUUAGCACACUGGUCCUGGACGUGCUGUCCCCUACCUCGCGUGACGAGGCGCCGGUGGCGCUGCCGGCGGCAAACGCGCAAGCGCUGUGCACCGCCGUCCCACCCAGGGCCGGCCGGCACCUCGUCUUCGACGGCCGCUUCCUCCAUGGCGCCCCGCGCUUCGCGGGGGUGGAGGCUCAGGGCCCACGGCGUGUGACCUUCUUGGCCAACAUCUGGGUUGGCCACAAGCCAGGCAAUGCCGACCCUCUUCCCAAGGAGCUUCAGCGAUGGAUGGAGGAGUCCCCACAGCUCCGCACGGCUGGUGCAGUCCUCUCAGCCUCGCCGAAGUGCGUGCAGCCCAAAGAGGUGGCGGCUGGCGACACCCUCGCCUCUUUCCCGCUGGAGGGUGGCACGCUGUCACUGGCGCCACCGCAAGACCCUCAGGGCGGCGGAGGCGACGUCCUGUCCUACCUUGCGCCGGUGAGCUGGAUGGCGCGCCCCGGCACCACUGAGGAGCGGCUCUAG